GACGUUGGUCUCUGUGGUGCAGACCUGACCGGAGGCUGGGGCCGAUCCCGGCGGCCAUGUUCUCCCUGCCAUCCCUUCCCUCCUGGCUCUCCAGCCUCCCCUCCCUCCAGUGGGGCUCCGGCCUCCUCGACUCUGUUCUUCAAGGCCUCAUCGGGGCCAGUGGCGUCUCAGUCCUGAACAGCCUCCUGAAGGCCUACUUCUUUGUGAACUGUGCCAACAGCCCCGAGCGGCGGCUGGAGAAGCAGCGGCUGCAGGCCCAGUGGGCCCUGCUGGAGACGGUGCACCUGGCCGGGCUGACCCUGAUCCUGACCGUCCUGGGGGCGCGCGUGGCCGCCCUGGUGGUGCUGGAGUUCUCCCUCCGGGCCGUCUCCACCCUGCUCUCCCUGGGCAAGGGCUCCGACAGGGAGAGGCUGCGGCUGUACCUGCUGAGCCAGUACUCGCUGGGCUGCGGACUGACCUGUGGCCUGAGCUUCCUGCAGGAGGGCGCCCCUCACCGCACCCUGAACCUGCUGCUGGGCGUCUGGCUGGCCACCCUGCUGCGCGCGGGGGCCAGGCGCGUCUGCCGCCACGUCUGCCAGCUCUACGAGCUGCACAGCAGCCAGCACUACUGCGGGCUCUGCCUGGGCCUGCUGGCCGGCGCGCACCGCCUCCCCCGGCUGCUGGCCCGUGCCCUGGCCAUGGCCUUCACUGUGGGGGACCUGGCCGCCGUGGCGCUCGUCAACCGGGACUUCCCGACCGCCUCGGACGCCGUGCGCUUCUGGACGCCGCUCGUCAUCUGCUACACCCUGCUGGUCAUCUACAUGCAGGAGGAGCAACGGCAGCACCCCGACCUGCAGAGCCAUGUCCAGACGCUGCUGGUGCGCAUGGGUGGCCUCUUUGUGCUGCUGCUAACCGUGGGCAGCUGGCUGGACCUCCUGGGAGUCGUCCUGUCCCUGCUGGGCGAGCUCUGGUGCCUGGCAGGGAUCCGUACUCUGCUGGGCCUUUGCCAGAUACAGGAUUUUCCGUCCCAGAGGCCUUCGGUGUCUGCUCCAGGGCAGGCCCAGCCCCAGCCCUCAGCACCUGCCGAGCCCCGGGACACAGCCCCCUCCUGACCUGCCUUAGCAAGGACUCGAGUCUGUCUGAGGCCCACCCAGGCUCAUGUGGAGGCCUUGACCCCAGGACACUGCUCGGAGGCAGAUAGAGACGCAGGCCGGCCCCCACCUGGAGCUUGAGGUGGGCGCUGGGGUCUGCUGUCAGGGACGGGAGGGUUUGGGGUCCUCAGAAGGGGGCCAGUGGGUGAAGCCCUGUUUUUCUCAGGAUGGACAAUCGAUACAGCCCUCUCAGACCCUGCCUUCCCCAGGGGGCUUGCGGAAUGGAGAACUGCGUCCUCAGAGUGGCCCCCCUUUACUGGCCUCCCUCACUUCCUCCAUGAACAAAAAUAAAGAU